CUGUCGCGUCUCCACAAAGUCCGGGCCCUUUUCAGGGCCCGGCGCCCACUUCCUCGUUAAGAGAGUUGUUCUCCCUGGGUUUUUCUCUCCCACAGCACCCUUCGGCGCGCAGUGGCGAGGGUGGACGGCGCGGACGACUUCAACCUCCAUGCGACGUUGCGUCGUCCAGCGCCAUCAGACAGGUAAGUCCGCAGAGCCGUCAACCUCCCAGGGAUCCGUCCCAGUGCGAGGUGACCGCUCUGCCACCCACCGAACCACCUCUUCCAGGGACGGUGAAGGAGAUCAUUCCUCUAACACCGUUGGCAAGGUUCUUGGCUGCGUGGCAGACGCAUACCAGCCCUUCACGGUGGUUGGAUCGAAUGAUCCGUCUCGGUUAUGCGAUCCAGUUCGCCAAGCGCCCCCCGAAAUUCCGGGGCAUUCUGUUCUCCUCAGUACGAGGAGAGAAUGCCCCCGUGCUUCGGAGAGAGGUCGCCGCCCUGCUGGCGAAACGUGCGAUCGAGCCCGUCCCCAUAACCGAGAUGUCCUCUGGGUUCUACAGCCCGUACUUCAUCGUCCCCAAAAAAGGAGGAGGGCUGCGCCCUAUUCUGGAUCUACGCAUCCUGAACAGGUACCUGCACAAGCUACCGUUCCGGAUGCUGACUCAGAAGCGCAUCUUGGAGUCAGUUCGACACCAAGAUUGGUUCGUGGCAAUCGACCUGAAGGACGCGUACUUUCACGUCUCCAUUCUUCCUCGACACCGACCGUUUCUACGGUUCGCGUUCGAGGGGAAGGCGUAUCAGUACAGGGUCCUGCCCUUCGGUCUGGCCCUGUCUUCGCGGGUUUUUUCGAAACUCGCCGAGGCCGCCCUAGCUCCCCUCAGGGAACAGGGCGUGCGUAUACUCAACUAUCUCGACGACUGGCUUAUUUUGGCACACUCGCGAGAUGUGUUGAGUACGCAAAGGGAUCUUGUGCUCGAGCACCUAGACCGUUUGGGCCUCCAGGUCAACCGAGAGAAGAGCAAGCUCUCCCCAGCGCAGAGCAUCUCAUAUCUCGGGGUGGAACUAGACUCUGUCCGCAUGUCGGCGCAGCUCACUACCGAGCGUGCACAGUCGGUGCUUCGCUGCCUGACACAGGUCAGGCAGGCCACAACGGUCCCACUGAAACUAUUUCAGAGGCUCCUGGGGCACAUGGCAUCCUCAGCCGGGGUAAUCCCGCUCGGGUUGAUGCACAUGCGACCGCUACAGCACUGGCUUCAGAGUCGGGUUCCGAGGACGGCGUGGCACCGCGGCACCAGGCGGAUCACGAUCACGCCCCGGUGCCGUUGUACCCUCAUCCCUUGGGCAAAGUUGUCCUUCUUACGAGCGGGGGUUCCGCUCGGACAGGUUUCGAGGCGCGUCGUAGUUAUGACAGACGCUUCCCUGCAGGGAUGGGGGGCAGUGUGCAACGGGCACGCAGUAGCAGGGCGGUGGACGGGCCCCCGACUGCGAUGGCACAUAAAUUGCCUAGAGUUGCUGGCAGUUCAUCUAGCACUGAGGAGGCUACGGCCCCUAGUGCAAGACAGACACGUGCUAGUCCGGUCGGACAGCACGUCUGCCGUGGCGUACAUCAACCAUCAGGGCGGCAUACGCUCACGGCAGAUGUCGCAACUAGCCCGACGCCUCCUCCAAUGGAGUCAGCAGGUGACCAAAUCCCUGCGAGCCACGUACAUCCCGGGGAACCUGAAUCAGACAGCCGAUGCGCUCUCUCGUCAGAGGACUCCCCGUGGAGAAUGGCGACUCCAUCCCAGCGUAGUCCAGCUCUUAUGGGAGCGGUUCGGGCGGGCACAGGUAGACCUGUUUGCCUCCCCGGACUCCACCCAUUGCCCGCUUUGGUUCUCCCUGACCGAGGGCUCCCUCGGCACGGACGCCUUAGCGCACAGCUGGCCGCGAGACAAGAGGAAGUACGCCUUCCCCCCAGUGAGCCUCCUUGCACAGACUCUGUGCAAGGUCAGGGUAGAGGAGCACCAAGUCCUGUUAGUUGCGCCGUACUGGCCCAACCAGCCUUGGUUCCCAGACCUCAUAUCUCUGAUGAUAGCUCCCCCCUGGCCGAUUCCCCUCUCGAAGGACCUUCUUUCGCAGGGGAAGGGCACGGUUUGGCACCCCAAUCCGGGCCUCUGGAAUCUCCAUGCCUGGUCCCUGGACGGGACGAGGAGAGUUUAAGUGGCUUGCCUCUGGCAGUCCAAGAGACGGUCAUGCAGGCUAGAGCCCCCACCACGCGGCGUUUGUACGCCUAUAAGUGGCGUCUCUUCUCGUCUUGGUGUUCCUCCCUUGGAGAGAACCCGCGGAAUUGCCCGAUCGGGUCAGUGCUGGCCUUCUUACAGCAGAGACUAGAGAGUAACCUCUCCCCAUCCACCUUGAAAGUGUAUGUAGCCGCUAUUGCCGCUCAUCACGAUCUCGUGGAGGGUAAGUCUCUUGGUCGGCACGACCUGAUCAUCAGGUUCCUUAAGGGUGCGAGGAGGGUGAAUCCACCUCGACCGCGCUCUGUACCCUCUUGGGAUCUUAAUGUGGUCCUACAGGGCCUGGCUAUGGCCCCGUUUGAGCCCCUCGGAGAUGCCUCUCUUCCUCAUCUUACGAUGAAGACAGCACUCCUGACGGCGCUCGCAUCCAUCAAGAGGGUUGGGGACCUACAGGGCCUUUCCGUGUCCCCGGGAUGCCUAGAAUUUGGAACUGGUAACUCUCACGUUGUCCUGAGACCCAGACCAGGUUACGUGCCCAAGGUCCCCACCACUCCCUUCCGGGAUCAGGUGGUGACCUUGCAGGCGCUCCCCUCCGGGGAGGAAGACCCGACCUCUCAUGUGUUGUGUCCUGUACGCGCUCUGCGCCUCUACAUUGACCGCACACAGAACUUUAGGAGUUCUGAGCAGCUCUUUGUUUGUUUUGGAAGACAGCAUCAGGGGAGAGCUGUCUCCAAACAGCGGCUGGCACACUGGAUUGUGGAUGCCAUUUCCUUGGCGUACCAGUCCACGGGCCAACCAUGCCCGCUUGCAGUGAGAGCACACUCCACUCGGAGUAUGGCCUCCUCGUGGGCGUUGGCCCAGGGUGCCACCCUGGCAGACAUCUGUAGAGCUGCGGGUUGGGCUACGUCCAGUACCUUCGUGAGGUUCUACGACCUCCGAGUGGAACAGGUGUCAGCCCAUGUCCUGCUGGGAUAGGGGCUCGGCAUCUGGCCCGGACGUACGCCUGCGAAAGCGCCUUCUCCCCUCUUCAGGUGAGUAACGUGCGCUAACUGCCUCCCUGCAAUUCCCCCAUUAGGGUGAAGCAUAGGCAUUCCAUCCAUCACUAAGCACAGCAUUGGUAAUAGAUCGGGCGGAGCGAUCUGUUGGAACCAGGUCCAGUACUGGUAGAGUUACCCCUAUUUAGGCGAACCCCUAUACUUGGACUAGUGCCCCAUACGUAGUGACUCCCUUAUAGGUAGUCCCGUAUGAAGAUUUCACGUAUUCCCCUCUGGCGAAUUGGUGACCUCCCCACCGGUGGCUCUCCACCGGGUUUACUGUCCCCGGAAUCGGGUUGACACUUCCGGCAUGCGCUCUCCCUAUGGGUAGACCAUGCCUUAUACCUCCACAUGUACCUCCCCACGUGGCAGGAUGUGGGCUCCGCAACACACUCUUCAAGAGAGGAGUAGUGUUUUUUUUCCCAGUGCGGCCCGGAAGGGACCUCGUUACAGGGGUAACGCCACCUUCCGUGAUGACCGUCAGUAGAAGCUUCUUCGUAUGUCUGAUACUGAAUCCACUGGAGGAUUACAUCUCGCGGUAGCGCUCAGUCUUGACUCGCAGGGCCAGUCACUGUCGCCCCGCUAGAGGUCGUAAUGCGGCGUAGUGCCGUGGCGUGUGUAGAUUCUUCCCCAGUCGUCUCUCAACACAACGUCGAGAGACCGACUGAAGGGGAACGUCUCGGUUACAUGUGUAACCUCGGUUCCCUGAUGGAGGGAACGAGACGUUGUGUCUUCAUGCCACACCACUGCGCCGACCCGCUGCAGUGACGAGAGACACUCUCUCAGGUUCCUCAGCACAAAGGUAAGUGAAUGACCGCCGCCAUCUUCCUUUUAUACCCGUAUGUACGGGGCGGAGACUGGCGUGGGCGGGCCAUUCGCCAAUCCUAUUGGCGUUUAGAAAUUCCUCUCGGAGAUGAUAGGUUCUCAAGAUCAAACCCCCAGUCGUCUCUCAACACAACGUCUCGUUCCCUCCAUCAGGGAACCGAGGUUACACAUGUAACCGAGACGUUCUCCCCAGUUGGCAGUGCAACAGAGAAUGCUUGUGAGAGUUAUUUUCACUGAAGCAGACAUAAGGAAGGUGGAAUUGACGACAAAGCCUGAUACAGUUGACCUUUUAAUUGACUCCCUUAAAGAUGUUCUUCAAAUAAACUAUGACUUCAGCUUACAGUUCAAAGAUCCCAACUUCGACAAGGAACUGUGCAAUCUAACAGAGGUUUCAGAGCUGCCUGAGCGACCCACCCUUAAAAUUAUUCCACUGAUUUCUCUUGUGGAGAUGCCCGUCCCACAGUCAACAUCAAGUGAAGAACUAAGCAACGCAUCCAGCCAGGCAGACACGGACAUCUUCUCCAACUCAUCUGAGGAAGGAAAACACCAGUGGCCAGAGGUAUUUGAUAUGCACAUACCGAAAUUCUCUGUCGAUGUGGAAUUUAGACUGCGUCAAGCAAACCUGCUCCAUCUCAGGGAUGGAAAACACCUAAUUCUGUCAAAGGAGCUCAAGCACGACAUCGCUGCACGAUAGAGAGCAUCCUGACCAACUGUGUCACAGUCUGGUACGGGAACUGUUCUGUUGCUGAGCGCAAGGCACUGCAGCGGGUGGUGAAAACAGCCCAGCGCAUCACAGGAACUACACUCCCUUCCAUUGAGGACAUCCAGAAGAAACGCUGUCAGCGUCGAGCUCGCAGCAUUCUCAAGGACUCCUCUCACCCCGCUCAUAGACUGUUUACUCUCCUGCCUUCCGGUAGGCGCUUCAGGUGCCUCCGGGCAAGAACCAGCAGACUAGGAAACAGCUUUUUUCCCAGAGCUGUUUCAUUAUUGAACUCUGCUCCCCACUGAUUCCACUACCUCUCAUAACUUUAACUUAUUGCUGCUAUUAUAAUGUUUACAUUGCACUACAGGGCUGCCAUGCAUGACGGAACUGUACACACCAGUACUUCAUGUAUCUGCUCUACCGGACUGUUUACACGCAUCAUUUGCACUCUAUACUGCUCACUUGCACACCAGGAACAUUACACUGAAUGCUCAUUUGCACUAAUGGACUACUUUCAUAACUGCAUUAACUCAUCUACUGCACUGUAACUUUAAUAACUGCACUAACUCACCUACUGCACUGAAACUAAUCUAUUGCAUUAUUGCAUCUAUCGCAUAACUAACUGCAUCUACUCAUUUAUUGCACUAUAACUUCAAUAACUGCAUUAACUCAUCUACUGCACUGUGACUGUAUAUCUGAAUCUACUCAUGUAUUGCACCGUACCUUUAAUAACCACAUUAACUCAUCUGCUGCACUGUAACUUUAAUAACUGCAUUAACUCAUCUACUGCACUGUAAAUGUAUAACUGCAUCUACUCAUGUAUUGCACUAUAACUUCAAUAACUCAUGUACUGCACUGUACCUUUAAUAACCACAUUAACUCAUCUACUGCACUGUAACUUUAAUAGCUAAUGUCUGUAACUAAUGCACACUCAAGUCACUUGCACUGUUGUAUAGUCUAUAUUGUUAUCUGUUCAUAACCUCCUGUACAUUAAUGUUCACAGUAUAUAGCCUUCUGUAUAUAUUGUUCAUAGUACAUACCGAUUGUCAUAUUUUCAUAGUACAUGCCCAUCGUAAAUUAUUUUCCUAAUAUUGUAUUCUGUAUUUAUUCACACUGUAUAUCUGCACUUGCUAAUUGCACUUCUGGUUAGACCUAAACUACAUUUCGUUACACUGUACCUGUAUAUGUGUAAUGACAAUAAAGUUGAAUCUAAUCUAAUCUAAUCCUCGAAAGGCUGGCUGAGACCAUAUAUGCCUUGAAAGCAUAUCCAACAAAUGCAGAAUUUGAAGCAGUUGCCUCAGCACUGGUGCGAGUACACCCAUGUCUCAAAGAACAAGGAUCAGUGUCCGGCUGGAGCGGUUGGAGAAACAGCUUGAAAUUCAAGAUGGGGAAUUAUCGAACAAAAAUUUGUCGGCGGGCUCACCGUGAUGUCACCGUGAACGGCAGUAAACAUGGAAAGCACUCUCCUUAUGGAGACCCACCUAACAAGAGAAUCAAGAAGCCAAAGCGAGGAGAAGUCAAUUACUUACCAAAUAUUCCAGAUGGACAGGAUGACUCCAGCCUUGAAGAUGCUCGACAGCUCAUGGUGGACGAAAUGAAAAAGAAAAGCCCAAAUGGAGCCCUCAUCAAGCAGUAGAUGAAUUUGACAUUCGCUCUUCGAAGGAAUGAAGUUGUGAAGGACAAGCCUGCCAUCACCCAGAUAUGUCAACGUUGGCCAGCUCUCUUUACUGAACAACAGGUGUGUCUGGAGUUCAGCAGGCUGGUUGGUAAGAGCCUGAGACAAGAGUUCUACGAGGCCCUAGACCAUAACAGUCCCAGGCUAAUGGAAAUCUUCAAGGCAAAGAGGGGCCUCACAGGGCAGGUCUUGGCUGACCUGAUGCGACAAACAAAGGCUUCGGAUGUGACAGAAGUCAGAUGCCUGUUCCUCAGGGAGCUUCCUAUCAUUCUUGACGAUGAUCCAUCCACCUUCUACAAGGCCAGCUUUGACGUUGCUGAUGAGGAAGGUUUGUACAAUUCUGUGCCAGUUGGGAUCCUCUGCCAUGAACAGGAAAACAUCACUCCACACACGCAGUCCAUUCACCACAAUGCAUCCUCAGUGGGAAUCAUCUUGGAGGGAAACAUUGUGAUGGAUGUUGAGAGCCUGCCCCAGGCCAUGUACAUUGUCUUCGGACUUACAUAUGCACUGCAUCUCAACUACCCAAACUACAUGAAGAACACUUUUGAUUUUUUUCAACAGGUACUUCUGAACUUAGGUAAGACAGAUCUGAAACCUAAACUUCAAACACUGAAGAAUCAGCUUGCAAUAUAAGAGUUGUUUUUUAUUAAUUGGCAUUAAAAGGAAAGUAAAGUGAAGAGAGUGUUACAUGGGGGAUAUAGAAAGCAUGGGGGGUCGUGAGGAGGGGAGACAGAGGGAGGAGGAGGGGAGACAGAGGGAGGAGGAGGGGACAGUAUGGGCUCUAGGUGGGUAUCUUUUGUCAAUUUUAUUUUUCACCAUUAUUCUGUCUCAUACAUGCUUUAUUAUUUUACCCAGAGAAAUUUUUGUUAAUCAUAGAGUUCACAAUUGUCAAGAUGGAGGAGUGGGGUAGAGAGACGAGGGGGGAAGAAAGAAAGGGAGGUAGAGGGGGAGGGGAGAGUAUGGGCUCUCCAUACAGGUAUUUACUCUGUUAUUUUUCACCCUCUGUUCUCUUUUUUUUAAUUUUAUUUAUUGUUAUUUUAUUUGUUAUAGGUAAAUGUUCAAAUGCCAGUGUUCAGCGGGGCUGAGUUUUAUCAUGCAAGUUUGUCAACCAAAUUUGAAGAGUAAAUGUAAACUGUUGAAGUAUAAAUGUUAAGAUGCCAAUGUUCAGCAGGGCUGAGUUUUAUGUUUCCAGUUUGUCAAACAAAUUUGAAGAGCCGCAGUACAAUAUUGUAAUGAUUGGAGGUAAAGAGGAAGAUAUUUUUUUCUUUUCAUGCCGUCACUGAGGAAACUACUCACUAGAAGCCUAUUAGGCCAUGGCUUUGUUUCUUUUUUUGCUGAAAAAAGACAUGUUCAAUAAAC